CCAAGUUGCUAUAAAUCGAACCAUCGGUGUCUUCAUAUCAAACUCUAUCCAUCAAAAGGAAAUGGCAGCGCCAGCGAUGGUGAGAAACAUGCAGGUGUUGUUUAAAAACUACAUCGAUGGAUUCCCCAAAGAAUCCGAUAUGGUGGUGAGUUCUGAUGCUACCAUUUCUCUGAAGCUCCCGAAGAAUGAAUCUGGUGUGGUUUUGACGAAGAAUCUUUACUUAUCCUGUGAUCCGAUGAUGAGGAAUCGUAUGACCGAGAGCUAUUUAGGAGCUUACAUGGAAUCCUUCRCUCCUGGAUCGCCUUUAGUUGGAGUCGGAGUAUCAAAAGUCUUGGAUUCAACUCACCCUGAUUUCAAAAAAGGCGACUAUGUUUCGGGAUUCACGAAUUGGGAAGAAUACAGUGUGGUUAAAAAUCCACAACUCACAAAGAUUCAACAUACUGAUGUUUCUCUUUCAUAUUAUACAGGAAUCUUAGGUAUGGCUGGCAUGACUGCUUAUGUUGGUUUUUACGAAAUUUGUGCUGCAAAGAAAGGAGAGUACUUCUUCGUCUCGGCAGCAUCAGGAGCAGUCGGUCAACUUGUUGGGCAAUUUGCGAAACGUGCCGGUUGUUAUGUUGUUGGAAGUGCCGGAUCCAAGGAAAAGGUUGAUCUUCUUAAGAACAAAUUCGGGUUUGACGAGGCUUUUAACUACAAGGAAGAACAGGACCUCACUGCGAYAUUGAAAAGGUAUUUUCCUGAUGGAAUUGACAUAUAUUUUGAUAACGUCGGAGGAAAGAUGCUUGAUGCAGUACUUGCCAACAUGAGGAUUCACGGGCGCGUUGCUUCUUGCGGGAUGAUUUCACAAUACAACAGGCUUCAAGAACCCGAAGGCGUGUACAACCUCUCUCUUGUCAUCUUCAGAAGUAUUAAAAUYAUAGGGUUUACAUWUUACCAUUACCUUCAUYUGUAUCCUAAGUUUUAUGAGUUGAUGUUGCCUCUUAUUCGAGAAAGGAAGCUUGAGUAUAUCGAGGACAUUGCCGAAGGCAUCGAAAAGGGUCCUGCCGCCCUUGUUAGCCUGUUUUCCGGUAAAAAUAUUGGAAAAAAAGUUGUGGCCGUAGCUCAUGACUAGGUCGUUUGCUUGUUUUUCUUUGUGUCGAGAUGAUUCCUUUGAUAAAAAGUGGCAAUGUAUCAUGUUAUGAUGUUUCUAUUUAUUUCGAUUUGACAU